UUUUUUUUUUUUUUUUUUUUUAACAUCUCGAAUACCUAUAACCCGAGAGAAGCACCCUACUUCUGUCAUCCUUCAUUUUUCUGUAAUCCGACCUCUCCUCCCUCUUGCUCUCUCUCUACUUUGACCAUUAACCCCUCCUAUCGACCACCAUGGGCUCCGUCACUUCCUCCGACACACCAGCCUUGGCGACAAACCCGCGCCUUAUCUUCUUCACCGAUUUCGACGGCACCGUCACCACCCACGACUCCAAUGACUACAUGACCGACAACCUAGGCUUCGGCCUCGCCCUCCGGCGCCAGGGCAACCAAGACGUGCUCCUCCGCGGCCGGCCCUUCCGCGACUCCUUCCAGGAGAUGAUGGACUCGAUCAAGCUCCCCUUCGACCAGUGCAUCGCCACGCUGCGCGCCACCAUCAAGCUGGACCCGGGCUUCCGCGCCUUCUUCGACUGGUGCCGCGCCAACAACGUGCCCAUCGUCGUGCUCUCCGGCGGCAUGCAGCCCGUCAUCCGCUCCCUGCUCGAGAUGUGGCUCGGCGACGAGGCCCGGCACAUCCAGGUCGUCAGCAACGACGUCGCCCCGCGCGAGGGCAAGUCCAUCAACGACGAGGGCGGCUGGCAGAUCCGCUUCCACGACGACAGCAUCCAUGGUCACGAUAAGAGCAUCGAGAUCCGGAAGUACUCCUCCCUGCCCGACCGGCCCGUCAUGCUCUAUGCCGGUGAUGGCGUGUCCGACUUGUCUGCGGCCAAGGAGACGGAUCUUCUCUUUGCCAAGGCGGGGAAAGACCUAGUUACCUAUUGUGAGAUGGAAAAGGUUCCCUUCGUCACUUUCCAGGACUUUACGACUAUCCAUGAGACCGUCAGGGAGAUUCACGAAGGGAAGCUGACUGCCAAGGACGCUGCGCUGGGGCGCAUUCACGAGUAAUGCUGCAUGGGUGUUUUUCCGUUUCAUUCUGCGCAGAUAGGAAAGGGAAGACCAGGAAGGGGAUUAACGACAUUAGACUAGGAAAGGUGCGAUUUGCUCGAUAUAGACGAGGCAUAGAUUUGACCUUCUACCUUAGUAAAUAAGGCACGGGCAUAUAUGGGGGUUUCAUGAAACCAAAUUGGGUUUCUUCCCAUGAUGACUGGAAAAUAGAUCACCACUGAAUCGUUCGC